UAUCAUUCUUUUAACAUGCCUUCAACUUGUUAUUCUAAAUGUCAAUCAAGAAUAAAGUCAUUUCAAGACCCCAAUGAACACUCCUUCAAACCAAAAAACCUAGUAAAAAACCAACCUAUAAAUAUCAGAAUCACAAGCAAGACUUUGACAGACAAAAAACAGAAACGAUUGACAACUUUCCAACAACAAAGUCAUAUAUCAAUCUCUCCUUCCAAACAAAAGAAAAGGGAUCAAAUUCAAAGGGAUCAACAACAGUCUCUAAUAAACAAACAAAAUAGUUUAAUCAUGCAAAAAAAGGAGCAACAAAAGUGGUACAAGAAGAAGAAAACUUCACAUCAUAGAACGAAACGACAAAAGUAUGAACAAACAGAACAAAUCGAAAUGAUAUUCGCCAGUGUACAACCUCUUCCUCGACCAUGGCAAAUGAUUAUGUCAUCUAAUGGUUCAUUCUAUUACUACAAUCCUGAAACAAUGAAAAUACAACAAUCACGUCCUUCCUAUUAAUUAGUUUUAUUACCUAUUUCUUUUUUUUUUUUUUGGCUAUAGUUUAGAAUAGU